AUGGUUGCCAUAGCAACGAGUUUUGUUAAUUCGUUCGCAGCGCGGAAUUUUGUACUUCAGUUUUUGUGUUCAAGUUUUUAGAGUAUUUUGACCUUACCAAGUUUGAAAAAUGAUGAAAUUACAGAUCGCUAACGAGCAAGACCGGAAGGAGGCUCAGAAUAGAGAAAGGAGGAGACAAUGCGAGUUGGAGAGGAGAUCCAGGAUCUUCAACGCAAGGAACAGGAAAAUUGGGGUGGAUGUUCCAUUCCUGGAGAGACAGAUCGCCGAGAAGAAGGCGGAACGAGAGGAACAGGUCAGGAAGGACCUGGCCUUCGCUGCGCAGAUGAUCAAGGAUAGUGACCUGGCCGUCGUACUCGAAGCAAGAGAGAAAGAGGAACGACGUCGUAUCGGUGUAGAAAUCGACUCAUUCCGUCAGAAGUAUCAGCGGUUCGAAGACAGGCGCGAAUAUGAUCUGAACGACCCUGAGGUUCUGAAGAAGCAGCUGCCUCCAAGAGCUGGCGAUGGGGAACCAGUCGGGCUGUCCAGUGCACAGAAAUUCGAAGGCGAGGAUAUGGCUUAUGAAGAUCGUAAAAAGAUGAUGGCAGCCCAGAAGAAUUCUUGGCUGGAACAACAAGUCCAAGAGAGGAAGGCGGCUGAGGAAGAGAGAAAGAAGGCUGAAGCUGCUUAUAUGAUGGCAAUAAAAGCCCGCGACGUCCGUGCUGGUGAGCUGGACAAGUUGGAACGUGAGUGUCGCUAUAGACUCGGGCAGGCGAAUCUCAAGUAUAAUGAAGCUCUGGCUGCCGAGAAGAAACAACUGGAGUUAAUAAUAAAAGAGCAAGAGGAAGCUGACAAUACAGCUGAGAUGUACAACAAUCUCACUUCUGAUAUGCUUACUGAGAAUCCAGAUGUAGCCAAGAGCGCUCUCGGCAAAAAUAGGGCCAUCGGUUACAUGUAUAAGGGUAUGAAUAAAGAAGAGCUCCAGAAGUUCUACGCCGCGCAGAAGGAACAAAUGGCUGCAGCUAAGGCAAAACGCGAUGCCUGCGACAAGAUGGACGCCGAAUGGCAGGCUUUAUCGAAGUCCAUUCAACGGGAAGUGGCGCGCCAGGAUAUUUGCGACCAGAGGAAGAGGCGGGAGAUUGCCCGCCAGCUCAUGGAGGAAAACCAACUCUUGGCUCUACAGCAGAAGGAGAAGGAGAAAUACUUCAGGGAAGUGGUGUACAACAACACACCGACCGACGAGUAUUACGCCCAGUUCAAUACUACCACCAGAUAAAUGGACUUGUCCGGUUUCUACCCUCUGGGGUUCGAUUGCACUCCGCCAGAUUGCGUUUCAACCUACGUUACGUAGUUUUAGGCUAUCGAAAUCAGAAGUUUGGCUAACUUGGAAUAUGUAGGGGUAGGAAUUAUAGGGGUUAGAGCAGAAGACAUAAAAGGUUUAGAGACUUUACUAUUCAUAAGCUGAUUGGGGUCUUAUUAACUAAAAUUGCCGCAAAUAUGUACGUGUUUUUAUUACAAGUAAGUACUGCUUUAGUUUCAGUGUUAUAUUUAUUAUUCUAAUCUAUUCAACAAAACAACUCGACUGCUUUAGAAGGGUACCAAAUAUCUUGUUUUAUCGGGUGCAUUAGAACCCCAUAGAGUUGCAAAUACAGGUGACUUUACGUUUUUAUUUUAAUGAUAUUUAAAAGUGAUUGAUAGGUUUAAAAAUCUGUUUCAGUUGAUAUUUUAGUCUAUAGACUUAUAGGCUAAAUAUCACAAAGUACAACAGGUCAUCUAAAGGGUAUUUACAUUUAAGACGUAGGGGAUUUUCUAUAGCCCUCAAUCAAUCAUUGAGUAUUAGGUACAUUCAGAUGCAAAUGUGUUCAUAUUGUAUUUUACUUUCCGUCGAAAUUGUAAUCAAGUCCUUUCAUGAUUUGGCUUAUAAUUUUCAUGUAUAUCUAUAUUCGUAAGACAGAUUUUUGCUAGAAAAUAUAGGAAGGUACUUUAAAAUACUUUUAUGCACUGAAUGUGAUGUUUGUGCGAGCAAUGUCUAGAGUAGUCUUUUUCAAAUUGUUUUGCAAAAAUACUGUUUUUGUUGCUAGGUCUUCUAUAAUAAAGAUUUUGUCGUUA